AUGAUUUCAAAAUUAGCAUUAUUAACUAAAAGUGUUCUCCGGCCUGCAGCGUUGAUCCUGAAGGCCAAACCACCGUCUCGUGUGCCUGUCAGGUCGUCGGGCGAUUACAUUCCUCCCACGCAAUACGAUGUUCCUCUUCCUCGAAGACUCUUUUUGACUUACGUGUUAAACGUCUAUUGGGAAAUUAUUCCUUUAUUUUUAGUCACUUGCACGAGUCUUACGAUUAUGGUUAUUUCCAUAGUUUGGGCCAUUAACAAUAAGGUGGACGUGGUCUACACAACCCACAACCGUGAAUGCAUAUCCCGCACAAUGGACCUUCGGAACCCGAGCAUCCACAAGAUGUUGCUCAUAAACCAGCGCUACGAACCUUGGCCUGAAAUGCAGGACGUUCUUGAUAAAAUGACAUCAGCGCAAAAGAGGGCGAUAAAGCGCGCCGAGUCGUGUAGUCACCCCUAAAAAUUCGAGACAAUCUUUGCCUUUUUAUGGGGUUAAAAAAAAAACAAAACAGAAAUGCCUCUGCUAAUAAGUGUACCUACAUGAAUAGAGAUGUUAUUAUCAAAUUGUCUCUAAUCAUGAUAAUGAUGUUGGCUUUCAAAUCGAUAUGCACAAAGCCAUUAAAAUAAGUCAUUCGAAAACAAGCUUACAUCCUGAAAUGUACAAGGAUUGAAAUAUAAAGCUAUUAACGUGAAUGGUAAUAUACAAUAUAAAACAUACAAACGGAAUAAAGCAUAUAUACUCUGUUUGUAUUAUUUUCAGAGUAUUAAUUACAAAACUACUGUUUUAUGUUUACUGUCUGGAUAUUGUCAUUCGAUAUGAAAUCAUUUGUGGAAAUAACGAGCGUGUUUUGUAAGACUUAGAUAUGCUAGCAAAAUGUGACUUUAAUACGAGUAUAUGCAACUUUCUCCUUAUUCUGUCGUGAAAAGGAGUUUUUAAAUUCAAGUAAAUUAUUCAUGUAUA